AUGCCUGCCUUGCCUCAACGUCGGCGAAGAAGCAGCCUGUCACUUGAAAAUGAAAAUAGGGAGGAAGAAGAGAUCGAUGGCCUGGUCCAUGCAAGCAACAAACGCGCGCGGAUCGACAGGAGCAACGGUUCUUUGCCAAAUGGUCAUCUGGCAAGCUCCCUACCAGUAGCGACCUUCGACGCCUCUCGAACAGAUGAUCAUCAUUACAAAUAUCAACCGGGAUCGAUCGUGCGUGUGAGGUUGACUGAUUUUGUGACCUACACAUCCGCCGAGUUCUUGCCUGGUCCUAGCCUCAAUAUGGUCAUUGGUCCUAAUGGCACUGGAAAGAGUACAUUAGUUUGCGCUAUAUGCUUGGGAUUAGGAUGGGGCCCUGUGCACCUGGGGAGGGCUAAAGAAGUCAGCGAAUUUGUUAAACAUGGCUGCUCAGAAGCAACUAUUGAAAUUGAAUUAGCAGCAGACCCAAGCAAACAGCGAAGAAAUCCCAUAAUAAAGCGGCUCAUCAAACGCGAAACCAACAAGAGCAUGUUCUUUGUAAACGAUAAGCAAUGCACCAAAGCUGAGAUAGCAGCAAUCACGGCAUCGUUUUCGAUCCAGAUUGAUAAUCUUUGCCAGUUUCUUCCCCAAGACAAAGUCUGCGAGUUCGCGGCGCUAACUCCAGUAGAGUUGCUUCAUUCAACUCAACGAGCCGCAGCGCCGCCAUAUAUGCUGGAGUGGCAUCAGCAGCUGAAGCAAUUGAGGGGUGACCAAAAGCGGCUGCUUGUGCAGCAGGAUAAUGAUAAGGAUGCUUUGACAAACUUGGAGGGGAGGCAAAAUAUGCAAAGAGCCGAUGUGGAUCGAUUGCGAGAGCGGGCGGAGAUAGUGCAGCGGCUCAAAAUGCUUGAGAAAGCCAGGCCUUUCGCAAGAUACAGGGAGGCCCGGUUGAAAGUGCAAGCUGCCAAAGAAAAAAAACGCACCGCCCAAGCUGAACUUGAACAGUUGGAACACGAGUUGGAGCCUUCUCUCCGGGCUGUCAACGGCAAGCAAACUUAUCGAAGUAAGGUUGAGCAUGUGGUCAAAGACAGGAGAGGGGUAGUUGAGAGCGCCGACGCGUCAGCCGAAUCGCUACUUGCUAAGCAAAAAGACCUCUUAGAAAAAGUGAAUGAUUUGAGAACCGAGUAUCAGGCAGAAACAAACGGAUUUAAAUCAAGGAAACAGGAGAUUCCGAGGAUAGAGGCUAAUAUCACUCGUAUCAAAAGACUGCUGGAGGACACGCCAGUUGAAUUCGAUGCAGCAGUGUAUAAUGAGCAGAUUAGAGAAAAGUCGCGGCUGCUUAGAGAAAUCCAAAUCAAGGCCGGAGAAUCUAAGCAAAAGCAGACCGAUCUUGUGUCGCAAAAAGAUGAACGCAAGGAGAUGCUCGAGCACGCAGAAGCAGAACUUCGGAGUCUCGAGUCGCAAGCAGGCCAACAAGGAAAUAAGCUCCGACAAAUUUCUCGGGAAACUUAUCGUGCAUGGGAAUGGGUUCAAGCCAACCAGGACCAGUUCGAAAAGCACGUCUACGGUCCUCCUGUCGUUGAAUGUUCUGUCAAAGAUCCGAAAUAUGUUGACGCCAUUGAAUCCUUACUUCAGAAGAACGAUUUUCUUGCCUUCACCUGUCAAACAAGAGCGGACUUCAAAAAACUGCAAGAACAGCUCUACGGAAAUAUGAAGUUGGCAGACAUCAACAUUCGCACCUACUCUGAAACCUUACUCGAAAAGUUUCAACCUCCAGUUUCUCCUGAAGAACAACGACGGCUAGCAUUCGAAGGUUGGGCCCUGGACUAUGUCUCAGGACCUGCCCCUGUGUUAGCCAUGCUCUGUGGAGAAUGUCGCUUACAUCAAACGGGUGUCGCUCUCCGUGACAUUAAUGACGAUCAAUAUGCUGCUAUUGAGCGAAGUCCCAUUAGCAGCUGGGUCACUGGAAGAUUUAGUUAUCAAAUCACAAGAAGGAAAGAAUAUGGGCCAAGCGCCGUGUCGACGCGUGUCCGUGACCUUAAGCGUGCUCAAGUCUGGACAAAUCAACCGGUCGACAGCGGUGCGAAGCGAGAGCUACAAGAAAAUAUUCAUGCCUGGACGGAGGAGGUGCAACAGUUGAGCCAUGAUAUUGAGGAAGUAAGGCAAGAGCUUGCACAGUUAAAAGAACAGCACGACGAAAUUGAGGGAGAAAAGAGAGAUCUGGAAGCCGAGAAACAAACUAAGCAGAAGGCCCUUUCUGACUUUAAGGCGCUUCCUACCAAACUUGCACAGCAGGAAGAGAGGCGGGAGGUAAUUCGACAAUUCGGCUCCGAAGUGAAACAACGCUGUCUUGCCAUUAACAAAAAGAUUGAAGAUUAUACGUUGGAGAGGGCGGAAGUUGCGAUUGAGUAUACACGCUCUAUCGAAACUCUUCGGAUCGCUCAUAAAGAACUCUAUCAAGUAGAGCUCAUGCUUAUUGAGGCAACUUCGGAGGUUGAGCAGCUUACGGAACGGAGUCGCACAGUAAGGGAAAUGCUUGCUGAGAAGCGCAAGGAAUUUGACAAGGUUGCGCAAGAAACCGAAAGUAUAAGCCGGGUCGCAAGGCAACUCCUUGAACAAUGCAAGGAAAUGAUACAAGAGGGGGGCGAAGAAAUUCAAGAAUUUGUGAACACUUUACCACAAGGCCAAAUGCCAGACGAACUAGAAGCCGAUAUCGACUCUACGAAGGCGCGGCUUGAACUCGUCCACGAAGGCAACCCCGAUACUAUUCGACAAUUCGAAGAGCGGCAGAAGAAAAUUGAAAAACUGCACGAACGAUUGGCUGAGCAUGAAAACCGGCUGGAAGCCUUCACUCGAGACAUCUCUGAUUUAAGGGAGAGUUGGGAGCCACAGCUCGAUGAACUUGUCAAGAAUAUUAGCGAUGCUUUUGCCUACAGCUUUGAGAAGAUCGGAUGUGCUGGCCAGGUUGCCGUACAUAAGGAUGAAGAUUUCGAUCAAUGGUCGAUUGAGAUUCAAGUCAAAUUUAGGGAGAAUGAAUCACUAGCGAUCCUUGACGCCCAUAGACAGUCCGGCGGUGAACGUGCCGUAUCCACAAUAUUCUACCUGAUGGCUUUGCAGUCUCUCGCACGCGCGCCUUUCCGCGUUGUUGACGAGAUCAAUCAGGGUAUGGACCCUCGUAAUGAGCGCAUGGUCCAUGAACGUAUGGUCGACAUUGCAUGCGCCGAAAAUACUGCGCAAUAUUUCCUCAUCACCCCCAAACUUCUACAUGAUCUCAAGUAUCAUCCACGCAUGAAGGUUUUGUGCAUUGCCAGUGGCGAAUACAUGCCGAGCAAUUACCGCGAACUUGACUUCAAGAGCUGUCUGAACCAAAUGCGCGCCAUCAAGGCGGGUGGUUGA